AUGAGUGCCAAAAUAGGUAUCUUCCCCGCCUCUGGGGCCCUUGGAUCAAGCAUCGUGAACCACCUGGCGAAACUAGUCCCAGCAUCCGACCUAGUUCUGAGUGCUCAACGCCCCGAGAAACUGCACGACCUCAAGCAAGCUGGUGCCACGGUACACAAAGCAGACUAUGAUGAUCCAUCAACACUAGUCACAGCCCUUGGUGGUAUGGAUGUCUUGAUGUUGAUCUCAUAUGCAUCAUUCGAGAUAGAUCACAGAGUCAAGGCACACCGUCUUGCUAUAGAUGCAGCCAUAAAGAGCGGCGUCAAGUACAUCUUCUACUCCUCUCUUGGAUUCGGCGGUAAUCUGACUGACCAAACCAUCGCCCAUGUGAUGGGCGCUCACAUCGCUACAGAGAAAUACCUCUCUUCCCUGCAGGAUAAGCUAUCCUAUACUAUAGUCCGCGAGGGUCUCUACACUGAAUCCUUCCCGAUUUAUACCGCAUUCUUCGAUCCGCAGAAUCCAGUGGACGAGGUGACGAUCCCUCACUCGGGUACAGGCCCGGGCGUGGCAUGUAUCAAGCGCGAUGAGCUUGGCGAGGCAUCCGCUAAUCUGAUUGCCUCGUAUGUCAAUGACCCGACCAGCUUCGAGUACUCGAACACGGCUGUUCUGCUCUCUGGGUCUCAGGAGAUCUCUCUUGUGGAGUCAGUUGAGAUUAUCGGUCGGGCGAUUGGGAAACCGCUCAAGAUUCGUGAGAUCUCUAUCGAUGAGCAUGUGAAGCUUCCUCAGAUUGGAGAUCAACACACAUACAAGGGGGUGAAUCCGUCGAGGGACUGGGCUACGGCCUGGGAUGCUAUCAGGCAGGGUGAGGCUGCAAUUGUGACUCCGGCGCUACGCGAGGUCUUGGGGCGUGAACCGGAGAGCUACGAAACUACUGUGAAGGCGCUGUUUGGGUGA